CCGCGGAAGUCAAGAUGGCGGCGGCGGGAGUGUGGGCGCUGCUGUGGCCGCUGCUGCUGAGCGGGGCCCGAGCGGGGCCCGAGUUCCGCUUCGCCUCCUAUUACAGUCACCACAUGGUCCUCCAGGUGAAACCCGCCAGGGCCGUGGUGUGGGGAUACGGUGCGGAGGGCGCGGCCGUCCAUGUGCUUCUCUUCAACGAGGACCAAUUCUUCAGUGACCAGCACACGACAGUGCAGAAAGAUGAUGCUGUUGGUGGUAAUGGAACCUGGAAAGUCUGGCUUGAUCCCGUCAGCCACGGAGGCCCCUUCAUGGUCCUCGCCCAGCAGAGCAUCGCUGGAUUGGUGGAGUCCAUUGGCAUAAACGAUGUGUAUUUUGGAGACAUCUGGCUGUGUGGAGGCCAGAGUAACAUGCAGUUUACUGUAUCCCAGGUUAUGAACGCAAGUGAAGAGCUGGCUCUGGCUCCCCGCUACCCCCACGUACGGCUAUUCCAAGCUGGUAUGUUUCAGUCUCCUUCUGAGUUGAACGAUCUUGCUACUAUCGGCCUGCAAUGGUCAGUCCCUACAGGAAGUAAUUUGGCCCAUUUCUCAGCUGUUUGUUGGCUGUUUGGCCGAGAUCUCUAUGACAAGCUGCAGUACCCGAUUGGCCUGGUGGAGUCGUGCUGGGGAGGUACCCCGAUCGAGACUUGGUCUUCUAAACGAGCUCUCCAGAAAUGCCAGCAAACUUACACGGCUGAUGUCGGGGAUCGGAAUGAAAGAGGUCCUCAUUUUCCAACUGUGUUGUGGAAUUCAAUGAUACAUCCUUUGCUACAGAUGACAAUCAAGGGAGCAAUCUGGUAUCAAGGAGAAGAAAACACGCACAGUUACAAUGAUCUGUAUAACUGCACUUUCCCGGCAAUGAUUAAUGACUGGAGGCAGGCUUUCCACGAGGAGUCUGGAGGACAAACGGAAAUAGAUUUUCCUUUUGGUUUUGUGCAGCUCUCGACAUUUCGCCACAACUCCACGGAUGACGCCUACCCACGGCUGCGAUGGCACCAAACGGCCAAUUACGGUUACGUCCCAAACCCAGUAAUGCCCAAAACCUUCAUGGCUGUGGCGAUGGAUCUGGGAGACGAGAAAUCUCCCUAUGGCUGCAUCCAUCCUCGCUAUAAGCAGGAGGUGGCGUUCCGGUUGUAUCUCGGCGCUCGGGCUGUGGCGUACGGAGAGGACAUCCCGUUUCAGGGCCCGUUUCCAAAGGGCAUCGAUCAGAGGAACACAACGUUAGUUAUCGUCUACACGCAGGAGCUGACUGUGGUAAAAUUGAGUGCGAACGCAUUUGAGGUGUGUUGCAGCAUGAAGAAGAAUUCUUCCGCCUCUCAGUGGAUCUUUGCUCCCAUGAUCAAAAGUUCUUCAAACACCGUCACUCUGUCUGUGGAGCAAUGUCGCCAGGAGAUAAUUGGCAUCCGGUACGCGUGGGAAGAUUGGCCCUGUGAACUGAAGCAGUGCCCCUUGUACAACCAGGAUUACCAUCCACUCCCCGCUCCUUCCUUCUCUAUACAUCCCUUCGAAUAGAUGCCCCGGCUGGCACGUGGAUUCUGCGGGAUUGUAUUUUAAGCGCAACAGCAAUGCAUUUCAUUAAUGAUUACAUUUUUUCUAUCUCAAGGGUUAAAAGCUCCUUAGCGCUUUUAUACAUGUUGAUUUUCAGGGGAUAACUUAAUAACAAUAAUAAUAAUAAUAGUCCUUGCAUUUGAUAUAGCGCCUUAUCACGUUUUGUUAUUUAUGCAUUUGCUGAGCAUUAAUCAGCGGAGUCCUGUAGUUUAGUGGUUAGAGCACUCUCCUCGCAGGCGAUAGGACGUGGGUUCAAUUCCCUGGCAGGGCAAAACCUUAGGCAAGUUUCCUUACUCCACACGCCAUUGUUUAUCUAGCAGUAAGUAGGAACCCAGUUGUUAAUUGAUCAGCGAAUUUCUUUUCCGAAUAAUACCUCUUAAAAAAAAAUUGUUUUAAAUAAUUUGGUCAUUCAAUCCAUGACUAUUUUGGGACGCCGCUGUGCGCAAUUAGCUGCUGUGUUUCGCCUCCAAAAUAUACAGUCAGUUCACUUUACAGUACAUUCUGUGAAGCGCUUUGGGACGUCUCAAAAGACGCGAUAAGGCGCAACAUCAAAUGCAAGGAUUAUUUAUCACAGAACACUGCUGCCUUUUCAUCUCUUUAUCAAUGUGUCUUAAGAUUUAUUGUUUUAUUCCCCAGCACUAAUCUGUACUGUAUUGGCCACAAGAGUCGUGGUUAUGGUUAUGGUGUUUUAUAUAUCUGGGGACACAAAUGUGGACAGUUUUUUUUACACAUAAGUAAUUAACUGAAUGAUGUCUUAUCAAUCAAAUAACAGAUAUUGUGGUGAAAAAAAUCCCUUUACUGUUUUUCCCUAUGUCCUGAUUGUCGACUCUGUCGCUACUGGAGGGAAUAUAAUGCUGAGGGAAGCACAUGCACUCAGCUGAGCUGCAGAGACAGAUGUUCUGCUACACAGUUCAGAGCUCCUGCCUCUCUCUACAUUCCCUCCGUAACUCCUGUAAUCCCCCCACCCUCCUACACAUAAUGUUGUUACUCACUCCAUGACCGUUACGGGAUAAAAACAGAAAUCACUGGGAACACUCAGCAGGUCAAGCAGAAUAUUGCACUGGGGACACCCAAAGGACUUGGCUGGUCUGUGCUGCUGACGUAUAUAUCUUGACGGCUUGGGAGACUUUUGCACAAAGAAAAGAAUGGGAACUACUACCCCCCCCCCCCCCAUGUCCUGUCCUGUCCUAUUCUGGACCGCCUUGUCUUGUAAUCGUCAGUUUAUAAUGUUUACAGAAGUAUAAAAUGGGAAAUGAAGUGGGAUAAAUUCUGUCUGUCUAGCCUUAUUGCACAUCAAUAAAUCUUUCAAAGAGUACCGGAA